AUGAGCUAUAAAACAGAACGCGUGGGGUCGGGAGACGAGUCCGACAAAGACGUGUUUUCUGACACACCAGGACACAGUGUACCGACAACUGCCGAGUUUUCAAGCUUCAACUUGACAAACUCUCCGCGUACUGCAGGAGGAAGCCCGUUUAGGUCGUGGUCUAGAGACGCGAGUGCUCGAAGAGAACGGCGUGCUGCGCGUUUGCAGAGCGUUGAAAUCUUACGGGCCAAACUGGCAGGGUCUCCCAAUGCCAGCUCUGAAGAAGAACAGCAGGAGCAGCUGGAUAUUGACAAGACACUAAAUAUAUUACCUGUGCCAAACUUUACUAUCAAAAGCACAUGGCGAGGCCCUAAUGACGUGCUUCCGGGCAAGCAUACAAAUAAUAUAGGCAAGUCUGCUUCAGAAUUCAAUGAAAUAGACAGUUUACAGAAACAAUUGACAGAUUGCAAAAUCCAACUGAGAUUACAGAAGGAGUUGCUGCUGGAACGAUACGGCGAAGAGAGCUCAGCAAUGGAAUUUUUGAAGCGUCAGUUCGAACAUAAUGACGACCGUAGAGAAAAUGAGCUUUUAAGGAAGCAGUUUGACGAUCUUGUGAAGGCUUUCGAGGAGCUACAGAGUCAACUGGAGGUUUUACAACGGGAUCAUCGGGACUGGAAAUUAAUGGCUGACCAAAUCCUAGACGUAAUUGAGGAGGCAGGCGGGGACACUACCAUAGUCGAACGAGCGCGCAAAGGAGGGUUAAGUGGAAAGUUGAGAGCUGUGGGGUUGGAAACAGAGCGACUAUCGCAAAAAAUUAACUCAAGUAAGGGACUGGAAUUUGUGGAGGUGAGUGGACAGGAUUCAAUAGUCAAAGGAACGGAAAAUGAAGAGACACUGCUUGAACGAUUAGAUGAGUUGGAAACUAAGACGCAUCAAUUGGUUAAUGAAAAGAUGCAAGUUGAGAAGCGUAGUAGUGAGCUGGAAAAAGAGAAUAACCGGCUCAAAGACGAACUUCAAAAGCUGACUCUACUGGAGGAGGAAAAUCGGAACCUGAAAGAUAUGGAAAGCAAAUUUGAAGAGCUCAAGAUUCAAAAGUCACAACCAGAUGAGAGAUUUCUUGACAUGGAAGCCCGACUGAAAGAUUACGAGAGUCUCCAAGCUAUAUAUGAAGACACUAAGACCAGAUUCGAUGCUUUGCUAGAGGAGAAGGAGAACAUUCAAAUGCAACUUUCAGAGGCACAGCGACAACUACAAGCGAUUGACGAUCGCGAGAUCGACCCUGAUAAAACUAGUCCUGAAGAACUUAAGGAGUAUGUUGCGAAAUUGGAAACAGACCUAAAUUCUGCGCUGGUCAAGCAAAGACAGCUAAAUUCGGAGAAAAUCAAGCUCAAUUACCAAAUUGACGAGCUCAAGUCGCUAAUACGUUCGCAUGAGGAUAACGCCCUUUAUGCUGAACAAAAAUGGCAGGACUACCUUACCAGUGAUGUUAAUUUCCAGACUCAUCUAAUACAAAUUCUCAGCGAGAUAUUGGAUAAACAAUCAAUUCGGGAAGCUGCCGCAAAGAUAUUACAGUUGGCCAAUAGAGAUGAACUCCAGCUCAACGAAACAGAUACGAAAAAGCUAUACGAAACCAUUUUUGAGUACGACCUGGCUGCCGUGCGAACAAUCGUGGCCGACCAUGUUGAAAUGAGUAAAAAGGUGUCUACAGAUCAUGCUCCGGUAGCAGACGAGUCACUAAAAUUACGAAUUGAAGAAUUGACUAAAAGGUGGAAGCAUGCCGAAGAGACGCUUGCGUUUGAGCGUAAGCAGUCUGAAAAACGGCUUCAAGAACUGGAACGUGAAAAUAAAAAAUUACGACAAUAG